AAAGUACUUCCGUUUUAAAGUAUGACCGCUUCCGUGUUGACCCACGUUUUCACGUUCUAGCAGGAGGCAGGAGACACGUUACUUGCUGAUAAACUAUACGUAUUUAAACUCUAAACAUGAGGCCGUUAACUGAAGAAGAGACGAAAAUAAUGUUCGAGAAGCUGUCGAAAUACAUUGGAGAAAACAUCAAACUUCUAGUGGACCGACCUGACGGCACCUACUGUUUCAGGUUACACAAUGACCGUGUGUACUACUUGAGUGAGAAAAUUCUUAAAUUGGCCACAAACUUUUCCCGGGACAAGCUCAUCUCAGUAGGAACGUGUUUUGGGAAGUUUACAAAGACUGACAAGUUCCGCCUGCACAUUACAGCUUUGGAUUUCCUUGCACCAUAUGCAAAGUUUAAAGUGUGGCUGAAACCUGGAGCAGAGCAGUCUUUCCUGUACGGGAACCAUGUUCUAAAGUCCGGCCUUGGAAGAAUCACAGAGAACACUGUGCAGUAUCAAGGAGUUGUGGUCUACUCCAUGGCUGACGUGCCUUUGGGUUUUGGAGUAGCGGCCAAGUCUACUCAGGAGUGUCGGCGAGUUGAUCCAAUGUCCAUUGUGGUGUUCCACCAGGCUGAUGUGGGAGAGUUCAUUAGGAACGAAGACACGUUAACAUAAAGAUGCAAAAACAACUGGACUGUUGAAUCUUUUUUAACAACGGAUUAUUUACCCAGUAGUAUUCACUGAAAUUUACACCCAGAAUGGCUUGUUUGAACUGCUAAACAUUUAGCAGUGAAAUGUUUGGAUUCAGGUGCCUGGUUCAAGCACACUUUAAAAGCAGCUUCUGCUACUGGACCAUAUGUCCCUGCAGUCCAGGGGACAAAAGACUUCUCCGGCAUGUCAGAGCGGUCUUACCCUCUCCCUCUCUUUGUAUCGAAUGUUGUCAAAAUGAAGUGGAGGUCUGUGUGUGUGUCUUUUGUAAAUGGCAUUCUUCAAAUAAAUCUGUAAUAUCUUUGUA